AUGACUUUGUCGCAAAUACUUUCUAUAUCAAGUUUGCUACUCGGAUUUUCGUUGCGUACAUCUGUUUCUAUAUCCAUGAUUAAAUUUACAAAUAUAAAAUGUACAACGCUCGACAAGUCGUUUGCCGAUUUUCGUUAUUGCAAACUCAAGGCAUUGGCCAGAGAUAGUGUUGCGCUUUCGUUGCGAAUUGAUAUCUUUGAAGCGUCAGUGAAUAAUGUGACGGUACAUGUGCAAACCUUCAAACGAUUUAAUGGCUAUCGUCCCUUUCUUUUCAAUAUAACAACGAAUUUUUGUGACUUUAUGCGGCAUAAGACGCGUUUCAAAUUUUUGGACAUGAUUUUUAAGAUUUUAAAUUCAUAUUCAAAUAUCAAUCAUAGCUGUCCUUAUACUCAUGACAUUAUAAUCGAUAAGUUAAUUUUGACACCGGAGUAUUUUCCCCUUCUUCCAAUGCCAUCGGGAGAAUAUCGCAUAAAUUUUGGAGUUGACGUCUAUAAUGAUCCGAAAGCGAUUGUAUAUAUCUACGUUCUAAUCUUAGAUUAA